AUCCAGACACAGGAACUGCUGGACCAUGAGACUGUACCUCACUACUGGCUGACGGUCUACGCAACUGACCGUGGUGUGGUCCCGCUGUCUUCCUUCGUGGAGGUCUACAUCGAAGUCCAGGAUGCCAAUGAUAAUGCCCCACAGACCUCUGAACCUGUCUAUUAUCCGUCCGUCAUGGAGAACUCACCUAAAGAUGUCUCCAUCAUCCAGAUUGAAGCGUUUGACCCAGACACCAAGUCCAGUGAAAAGCUGUCCUACAAGAUCACUAGCGGGAACCCCCAGGGUUUCUUCAGCAUCAACCCUAAGACUGGUUUGGUCACCACCACGUCUCGGAAGCUGGAUAGAGAACAACAGGAUGAACAUAUUCUGGAGAUCACAGUAUCUGAUCAGGGUGUUCCUGUGAAGUCCGCCACCGUCCGUGUCAUCGUCAAAGUCCUGGAUGAGAAUGACAACAAACCACAGUUUAUGGAGAAAGUCUACAAAAUCAAACUCCCAGAGCGUGAAAAGCUGGAGAAAGAGCGUGCCCUCAGGAGAGAUCCCGUGUACCGCGUCAUCGCCUCAGAUCGAGACGAAGGGCCAAACGCUGUGAUUUCCUACAGCAUCGAGGACGGAGACGAACAGGGAAAGUUUUUCAUUGAGCCCAAAACUGGCAUGGUUUCCUUUAAGAAGUUUUCUUCUGCUGGAGAUUAUGAUAUCUUAACGAUUAAAGCAGUAGAUAAUGGCCGACCCCAGAAAUCGUCCACCUGCCGUCUACACAUCGAAUGGAUCCCCAAGCCGGAGCCGAGUGAGGUCCCUCUGGCAUUUGACGAGCCAUUUUACUCCUUUUCUAUCAUGGAGAGUGACCCCGUGGCACACAUGGUCGGGGUCAUCACUAUGGAGUCUGUGGAUACACCAGUCUGGUUUGAAAUAACAGAGGACAUGGCGGCUAAAGAGCUGUUUUACAUCGUUCAGAUGGCUUGCGACCUGAACUGCACUGCAGAAGGUGGUAAUUCUGACAGUCGAUUUGAGGUGGGAAAGGCGAGUGGGACGGUGAUUGUGGCCCAAGCGCUGGACGCAGAACAGAAAUCCCAUUACAACCUGACGGUGGACGCAACAGAUGGCACCAGAUCUGUCAGCACGCAGAUUCUUAUUAAAGUGAUCGACACCAACAAUCAUCGUCCUCAGUUCUCUAAGUCUAAGUAUGAAGUGAAUGUCCCUGAAGAUACCCCACCUGACACAGAGGUGUUACAGAUUACAGCUACAGACCAGGAUGAGAAGAACAAGCUAACCUACACCCUCCUCAGCAGCACUGACCCAUUCAGUCUACGCAAGUUCAGACUAAAUCCUGGAACCGGGGUGUUGUACACUGCAGAGAAACUAGACCACGAAACCAUGCACCAACAUACUCUAACUGUCAUGGUACGAGAUCAGGACAUUCCUGUGAAGCGGAACCUGGUGCGUGUGAUUGUAAAUGUGCAGGACACCAAUGACAAUGCACCUUGGUUCUCUGGUUCACCGUAUGUGGGCCGUGUGUUUGAGUCUGCUGCAAUUGGCUCUGCAGUGCUUCAGGUCUUUGCUCUUGACAAAGACAAAGGGCAGAAUGCUGAGAUCAUCUAUAGCAUUGAGUCAGGAAACGUGGGCAAUUCAUUUGCUAUUGAUCCUAUCCUGGGCACCAUCACUGUGGCAAAGGAGCUGGACCGUAGCAACAAGAACCGAUUUGAGCUAACUGUGAAAGCUUCUGACAAAGGCACACCACAACUUAGUGCUACUGCUUCUGUUGACAUAACUGUCACUAUUUCCGACAAUGCCAUCCCUAAAUUUGCAGGGAAGGAGUUUUCUGCUGAAGUCAGCGAAACCGCUCUGCCUGGAGCCUUUGUUAGUCUGGUUACCGCCAACAGCCGAUCAUCAGUGUUCUAUCAGAUUAAAGAUGGAAAUGUGAAUGGAGCGUUUGACAUCAACCCCAACUCUGGAGUCGUUGUGACCCAUUCGGUUCUGGAUUACGAGAUUAUUCCAUCAUACAAACUAACCAUUCAGGGAACCAACAUGGCUGGUCUGGCUAGUAACACUACUCUGCUGAUUCACUUGAAGGAUGAGAAUGAUAAUGCACCUGUAUUUAUUCAAGAUGAGUUCACUGGAAUGGUCAGCGAGUCUUCUCCAGUCAACAGUGUAGUCCUCACCAAAGACAACACACCACUUGUCAUCCGUGCUUUAGACACUGACCGUGAUGCUAACUCUAGGCUGGUCUAUCAGAUUGUUGAGCCAUUUGCCCAUAAUUACUUUGUCAUCGACUCUAGCACUGGUGCAAUCAGAACCAUCAGCGAAUUGGAUUAUGAGCAAAGAUCUGUGUUUCGCUUUUCUGUUCAAGUCCAUGACAUGGGAAUCCCCCGUCAUUUUGCAGAGAAGGCUGCUAACGUGACUAUUGAGAUCCUGGACGUCAAUGACUGCCCGCCUCAGUUCAGCCAAGGUCUAUAUGAAACCACAGUCUUAGUGCCAACUUACAAAGGAGUGGAAGUGAUCACGGUCAAUGCCACAGAUGCAGACUCAGGUCCAAACUCAAGGCUGUUUUACUCUACUGUCGAAGGCAAUAUUGGAGAGAAGUUUAAAAUGGACCCGGUCACAGGGGUUAUCACUAUUCAAAAUGUCACUCAGCUUAGAAGCAGGUAUGAGCUCAGAGUAAGGGUGUCUGAUGGCAGGUUUUCUAAAACAGCGUUGGUAAAAAUAAAUGUCAGAGAGAAUAAGGAGAGUACUCUGAGGUUCACCCAAGAAUCAUACAAGGCCUUUGUACCAGAAAAGUCCUUAGAGAAGAAGACUUUAGCUGUAAUUGCUGCAGUGGGAAGCCAAGUCAAUGAACCUUUGUUUUAUACAAUUCUGAACCCUGAUAAGAGAUUCACAAUAAGCCGUACUUCGGGAGUACUCUCCUCUACAGGCACACCCUUUGAUCGAGAAGAGCAAGCCGUAUUUGAUAUUGUGGUGGAGGUGACCAGAGAAGACAAGUCAUCUGAUGUAGCCCAUGUCCUUGUGACUGUGAUAAUCGAGGAUGUCAAUGAUAACCCACCUGUGUUUGUCAAUUUACCCUAUCAGGCACUGGUGCUGGUUGACACUGAGGUGGGUCACAUCAUCACAAAAGUGACUGCGGUUGAUGCAGAUAUAGACAGAAAUGCUGAGAUCAGCUACCAUCUUCAGGAGCUAAAUGAGUUUGUUAAGAUCAGCAUGGAUGGUGAAAUCUCACUAACAAAGAAGCUUGAGAAGGACUCCCUUAACACUGAAUUUAAAAUCACCGUUGUAGCCAGAGAUGGAGGUGAACCAACACUUUCCUCAUCUGUUGAAGUGCCAAUAAUGGUUGUAAACAAAGCAAUGCCUGUGUUUGAGAAAGCCUUCUACAGUCUGGAGAUCCCAGAGAACAUACCGUUACUAACGCCUGUUGUACACAUUCAGGCUAAUGACUCUGAAGGCCCUAGAGUAGUGUACACAAUCACAGAAGGGGACCCUCUCAAUCAGUUCUCCAUCAACUUCAAUACUGGCGUCAUUCAGGUUGUAAAGCCUUUGGAUUUUGAAACCCACCCAGCCUAUAAACUCAGCGUAAGGGCCACCGACUCGCUAACCGGUGCCAAAGCUGAAGUCUUUGUUGACAUAAUCUUGGAAGAUGUUAAUGAUAACCCACCUGUGUUCCAUACCAAAUUGUACAAUGCAAGUCUUUCAGAAGCCUCAGUGAUCGGGACAUCCGUAUUACAAGUCUCAGCUACAGAUGCUGAUACCGGUAACAACCAAGUGCUCUUUUAUCAGAUUGCUGAAGGUAAAGACAAGAGCUCUGAUUACUUUAGCAUCGAUCGUGACACAGGCACAAUCUGGACAACUCAGAUGCUUGACCAUGAAGAAAAACCCUCACAUAAGAUGAUGAUUAGAGCAGUUGAUGGUGGAGUACCUGCCCUUUCCAGUGAGGUCAUGGUGUUAAUUGAUGUAACGGACCUUAAUGACAACACUCCAGUGUUCUCACGGAAUGUCUAUGAAGCUACGGUCAGUGAACUGGCACCCCGUGGCCACUUUGUCACCCAGGUUCAGGCUUCCGAUGCUGACAACUCAGAUAGUGGUAAACUUGAAUUCUCAAUUAUGUCAGGAAAUGAAGGGCAAAACUUUGCUAUAGAUCCAAACACUGGGGCUAUAGUCAUAUCAAACCACCGGAAACCCCAUAUGGAGUCUCUCUACAACAUCAAUGUGUCUGUAUCUGAUGGUGUAUUCAGAAGUUCAGCUAUUGUGAAGGUCAAUGUUAUUAGUGCUAACUUUCACAAUCCUGCUUUCAACCAGGUGGAUUAUGUGGUUGAGCUUCUUGAGAACUCACCAGUUGGAACAUUAGUAGCUGAGGCUCAAGCGACAGAUGAGGACUCAGGUACAUAUGGAAGACUCACCUAUCAUAUAGUCAAUGACAUUGCUAAAGACAAGUUCUCAAUUUCUGAAAAUGGAGAGAUCUUCACUUUGGAGAGUCUUGACCGAGAGAAUCCACUGGAGAAAGUGAUUACGAUUUCUUUAAUCGCUAAAGAUGGCGGUGGCAAAGUUGGCUUCUGCACUGUAAAUGUGAUCUUAACGGAUAUCAAUGAUAAUGCCCCGCAGUUCAGAGCUGCUGAUUACAGAGUUAAUGUUGCUUCCGACAUGCCAAGAGGAACAACCAUACUUAAGAUUGCAGCGUCCGACAUGGAUGAAGGUAGUAAUGCAGACUUCACCUAUUCUAUUGAAGGAGACGCAGACAAUGUUGAGGAGAAUUUUGAAAUCCACCAGUUUAGUGGUGUCAUUGUAACAAAGGAAAGCCUCAUUGGAUUGGAGAACCAACUCUACAUGUUUCUUGUACGAGCAAAAGAUGGUGGAAAUCCCAUCAAGUCCUCUGUUGUUCCAGUCUAUGUCAGGAUUCUUGCUCCUGAGGUCCCAGUGCCAAAGUUCAUAGAGUCCCACUACAGGUUUGCCAUAGAUGAAGAUCUUCCUCUUGGUUCAGAAAUAGAUGUCAUUCAGGCUGAAAGUGAUCAGCCAGUCUUUUACAGCCUGGUGAAAGGGAAUACUCCUGAGAGCAACCAAGAUGAGGUAUUUGUAGUUGACCCCACCUCAGGAUCUUUGAAGCUGGAGAAGAAGCUUGACCACGAGAGCACCAAAUGGUAUCUGCUAACCCUACAAGCACAAAGCGAAUAUGAUGGUAACAAAGUCAUCUCCUCUGUGGACAUUAGCAUCCAGGUCAAGGACGUCAAUGAUAAUCCACCGCUCUUUGAGUCAAACCCUUAUGAAGCUUUCGUUGUAGAGAAUCUUCCAGGUGGCACCUCUGUUAUACAGGUAAAGGCCACUGACCUGGACUCUGGCACUAAUGGCCAUAUGAUUUACAAUCUAGAUUCCAACCAAGAGACAAGGGACAUUGCAGAAUUGUUUGCCAUCAACAGUGAAACGGGAUGGAUUACCACAUUAAAGGAACUUGACCGUGAGAAGAAAAGCAAGUACACUGUUUCAGUCUUAGCCACAGACCGUGGAGACAAAGUACAGCUGAUGGCCAAAACUAAGGUGGAUGUCACAGUGGUAGAUGUGAAUGACAACCCACCAAGGUUCACAGCAGAGAUCUAUAAGGGCACAGUAAGCGAAGAUGACCCACCUGGAGGAGUCAUAGCCAUUCUUAGCACUGCAGACCUGGACACAGAGGACAAUAACAAGCAAAUCAACUACUUUAUCACAGGUGGAGACCCCUUGGGACAGUUUGGCAUUGAGCAUACUCAAGGCGAGUGGAAGGUCUCUGUGCAGAAGCCUCUCGACAGGGAGGAGAAGGACAAUUACUUGCUGAACAUUACGGCCACUGACGGGACCUUCACAGCCAAGGCUGUGGUUGAAGUCAAGGUCUUAGAUGCCAAUGACAACAGCCCAAUUUGUGAGAAGUCAUUCUAUAUGGAAAGUGUCCCGGAGGACUCCCCUGCGGGUAGACUGAUCCUGCAGGUCUCCGCCACAGAUGCCGACAUCCGUUCCAAUGCACAGAUCUCCUACGAGCUGCUAGGGCCCAGAUCAGAGCACUUUAGCAUCGACUCUGAGACAGGUGAAUUGAAAACACUGCUCCCUCUGGACCGUGAAGAAGAGGAGGUUCACAAGAUGAAGGUGCACGCUCUGGAUGGAGGCGGACGCUUUUGUGAAGCAGAAGUUGAAAUCACAGUCGAAGAUGUCAACGACAACGCUCCGCAAUUCACCUCUGACCCCUACACCUUCACUGUGUUUGAAAACACAGAGAUAAACACACCUGUGGCUCGCCUGUAUGCCUCAGACCUGGACACGGGUUCUAAUGCAGAGAUCCUCUAUUCACUGCUGGACUCUGCUGAUGGUGUGUUCUCCAUCGAUGAGGAAACUGGCAUCGUGCAUCUGGAUCGUCCUCUGGACCGUGAACUCCAGUCACUCUACACCCUCCGCGCCUUUGCCACAGACCGUGGGUCCCCGCGGCGUCUCUCUUCCCUCACCACUGUCAGUGUUUCCAUCUUGGACAUCAACGACAACCCUCCAGUGUUUGAGCGACGCGAGUACACUUCCACCGUCUCUGAAGACAUUCCGGUGGGCACCCAGGUGUUACGGGUGCACGCAGCCAGCCGAGACACAGAAGCAGGAGCAGGGAUUACAUACGCCAUUAUCAAUGGAAACGAGAGAGGAGCGUUCCGCGUCGACCCCCAUACAGGUGGUGUCUUCGUGAUCGAGCCUUUGGACUACGAAACAGCACAUGAGUAUUAUCUAACAGUGGAGGCUACAGAUGGAGGCACGCCGUCACUCAGUGACAUGGCCACAGUGAACAUCAACCUGACGGAUGUAAACGACAACAGCCCCGUCUUCAGCCAAGAUAUUUACUCUGCUGUGGUCAGCGAAGACGCAGAACUGGGAAAGAUCGUGCUCGCUGUCAUGGCUGACGAUGCAGAUGGUCCAUCCAGUAAUCAGGUGCGCUUCUCCAUCAUUGAUGGCAAUCAAGGCAGUCCUUUCACCAUCGACCCCAUCAGAGGAGAGGUCAAGGUGGCCCGCCAGCUCGACAGAGAGAAGACUUCAGGUUACACACUGACUGUGUUGGCCUCUGACAAUGGAAGCCCGGCUCGAUCUAGCAGCGCUACGGUCAACAUAGACGUCUCGGACAUAAACGAUAACCCACCUCUCUUCUCUCAGGCCAACUACAGCAUCAUUAUACAGGAGAACCAACCAGUUGGUACCAGUGUUCUCCAGCUGACCGUGUCUGACCGUGAUGCCUCCCACAAUGGACCUCCUUUCACAUUUUCUAUCAUCAGUGGGAACGAGGGCGAAGCCUUCCAAAUCACUCCUCAGGGCGUGCUGGUCUCCGCGGCAACUCUGAGCCGCCAGACUCAAGAGUUCUACCUCCUACAGGCCCAGGUAACGGACAGCGGUCGCCCACCAUUGGUCUCCACGGCGUUUGUGAGUGUACGUUUGAUCGAGGAGAGCAUCUACCCUCCUGUCAUUCUUCCCCUGGACAUCUUUAUCACCACAGCAACAGAUGAAUAUUCAGGUGGGGUCCUGGGUAAAAUCCACGCCACCGAUCAGGAUGUUUAUGACACUCUAACCUACAGCCUCGCACCCGAUAGUUCCUCCACCUCUGAAAACUCUGGCCUCUUCUCUGUCUCCCCCGCUGAUGGGAAACUCGUGGCCCGUGGGAAUCUGGAUGCUGGUCAAUACGUCCUUAACAUUACAGUGACAGAUGGUCGCUUUACUGCUGCUGCCCGAGUCAAUAUUCACGUACGGCAGGCAACAGCACAAGCGCUCGAUAACUCCAUCGCUGUGCGUUUCUCUGCAAUAGCGCCGGAGGAGUUUAUCGGAGAUUAUUGGCGUAACUUUUUGCGGGCUUUGCGGAAUAUCGCCGGUGUCAGACGCGGAGACGUGCAGUUAGUCAGCUUGCAACCUGCUGCUGAUGCCUCCGGUGACCUGGAAGUACUUCUAGCUCUAGAAAGGUCAGGAAGUCCAUUCCAGCCCCAGGAAGUGGUGUACAGGAAGCUGAAUGCCUCAGUUGGGGUAAUCGAAGAGAUGACUGGAGUCCGUAUUGUACGAGUUGUGAAGAAACUCUGUGCCGGUUUGGACUGUCCUCUUAGUUACUGCCAAGAGACGGUUUCCUUGGAGACGGGAGCAGUGUCGACCUACAGCACGGCUAGGAUUAGUUUUGUUACGCCACGUCACAUGCGCACAUCCAAAUGUCUCUGUGAAGGAGCUGAGUGUCCUGUCCUGAGUAAACUCUGUGAGGCAAGCCCCUGUCCUGAUGGCAUGGAGUGUGUAGAAGACCCCAUACACACCAAAUUCAAAUGCAUCUGUCCUGAGGGAAAACAGGAAGAGUGCUCAGAGCGUCAGUCCUUAACAUUCAGCGGAAAUGGAUAUGCACGGUACAGGCUAAUGGAGAAUGAGAAUAAGGAAGAAAUGAAGCUGUCCCUCAGACUGAGAACGUUCUCCACCCACGCCACUGUCAUGUACGCCAAAGGCACAGACUACAGCAUACUGGAGAUUGUGAACGGCCGCCUGCAGUACAAGUUCGACUGCGGCAGUGGUCCUGGUGUGGUGUCUGUGCACAGUACCCAGGUCAGUGAUGGAGAGUGGCACACUGUCUCUCUCGAGGUAGAUGGCAACUACGCUAGACUGGUCCUAGAUCAGGUCCACGCUGCGUCUGGCACUGCUCCGGGAACUCUGCGCACACUCAACCUGGACACCAGCAUGUACUUUGGGGGUCAUGCACGGCCGGCGUCCGGCUCAGGAAGACUUGUGGUAAAUGGGCUGCGGGGUUGUCUGGAGGGGAUUGUGUUUAAUGGGAGGGAGCUGCCGCUGUCUCAGGUUCGAGGGGUUCACUCCGUCCUGGAGGAGCUGGUCGAGGCGGCUCCCGAAUGCAGCUUGGCUCCUCCAGUCCAGGGCUGCUCCAGUAACCCCUGCACUAAUGGAGGCACAUGUUCAUCACUGCCUAAUGGAGGGUAUUUCUGUAAGUGCACCGCUGCGUUCAUGGGCACUCACUGUGAAGUCACAAUCAGCCCCUGUGCCUCUAACCCCUGCCUCUAUGGAGGCACAUGUAUCCCACGAGGAGGAGACUUCUACUGCCAGUGCAGAGGACAGUACUCUGGGCAACGGUGUCAGCUGGGUCCAUACUGCACAGAUAACCCGUGUAAGAACAGCGGCAAGUGCAUUGAUAGCCUGGAUGGUCCCGUGUGUGAGUGUGAACCAGGUUUCCAAGGAGACAGGUGCCUCAGUGAUGUAGAUGAGUGUCUGAAGAACCCUUGUGGCAAUGGUGGUCACUGCCAGAACACGUACGGCUCCUUCAACUGUAACUGCUCUGCGGGCUACAGUGGGCGCCACUGUGAACUCCGUUCUGAAAUCCGCAACGAAUUUAUCUCCACCUCUUGGAACAUCGGCCUGGAGGAAGUAAUCGGAAUCGUCGUCUUCGUUGCCAGCAUCUUCCUUAUCGUCCUACUGUUCGUUGUGGUUCGCAAGCGCAUUUGCCGGCGCUCAAAAUCCAAAUCUGACGAUGACGACAAGUUCGGCGUAGGCACAGGAGCCCCACACGCCUUCCUCCAGCGGCCGUACUUCGACUCCAAACUCAACAAGAACAUCUACUCUGACAUCCCACCGCAGGUCCCUGUUCGGCCCAUCUCCUACACUCCCAGCAUUCCAAGCGACUCCCGCAACAAUCUGGACCGCAACUCAUUUGAGGGCUCGGCCAUACCAGAGCACCCAGAAUUCAGCACGUUCAACCCUGAUUCGGUGCACGGGCACAGGAAGACAGUGGCUGUCUGUAGUGUAGCACCUAACCUGCCUCCUCCCCCACCCUCCAACUCAGUGUCUGAUAGCGACUCCAUACAGAAGCCCAGCUGGGAUUAUGACUACGAUGCUAAAGUGGUGGACUUGGACCCGUGUCUAGGUAAGAAGCCGGUGGAGGACAGUGCCUGUCACCCUUACAACACCAGAGGCAGCAUGUCUGAGGUCCACUCUCUCAGCUCCUUCCAGUCCGAGUCAUGUGACGACAAUGAGUCAUUCUCGGCUCAUGAACACAAGAACCCAAGAGGCUAUCAUUGGGACACAUCUGACUGGAUGCCGAGUGUUCAGCUUCCUGGAAUCCAGGAAUUUCCUCAGUAUGAGGUAGUGGAGGCCCCACCCACCAUUUACAGUGACCCCGCCCUGUUGGACACGGACUACUAUCCCGGCGGAUACGACAUUGAAAGCGACUUCCCUCCUCCACCCGAUGACUUUACUUCCCACGACGACUUGCCCCCUCCUCCGCCCGUGCCGGAGUACGGGGAUCGCUACGGCACAUUGCAGCCCACCACACGAGCGCUAAACAGCGCCCCCUCUAGUCCCGGAGGAUCUGGAGUACGCCAGCGCCCACCCUUGCCCCAACUCUACAGCCUCACCCAAUUCCUACCCCACCACCAUUACUCAUCAGACCCCGAACCCCAGACCAACCCCACCAGCACCAUCACAUCAUCCUCCACCGGAGGAUACCGGCACGGAGGCUUCCCGCUGGGCUAUGGCCGCGACUUCGAUCCCCCCGCUGCCGAUAACAUGUCGCUCUCGCUGUACACGUCCACGGCGUCCUGCUCGGACAUGUCCGCCUGCUGUGAGGAGUCAGAAGUGAUGAUGAGCGAUUAUGAGAGCGGCGGAGAGGAGGAGGGAACGCAGUUUCAGAGGCUCAUCAUACCGCCGCUGGACUCUCAACAGCAGCAGCAUACUGAAGUCUGACACUGGAUCCAGAAUAUCAAAAGUGCCUAAAUGAAACCCUGCUACAGGAGACUGAUUGUGUGUUCAAACCAUAACCACACCACAUACACGGUACACAAACGUAGUCUUACACUUAACGUAAAUGCCAAACAUCCAAACGCACACAUUGUAUACAUCUGUAUCUCCCUCAAGAGAGGUUUUGAAAAGACGUGCUUAAACACGAGUUCUCUCCAGUAGCUCUUGUGGGCAGUUAUUAAUAUUAUUAUUAUUAUUUAACAGUAUUGGGGAGAACAUUAGACUUGGCUGUGCCAUUAAAUAAUAUGUUGAUCAUCAUGCAUACGAUCAUGCUGAGAUGUACAAUUUACACAAAAUAUAACUGAUAUAUUGUCAUGGAUAUUGGGAGAAAAGCAUAAUUUCAAUCAUCAAGGUGAUAUCUGUAUUUGUAUAGAUAUAACCAUGCAAACUGAUUUUUUUAUACAAAUCCUCAUUCAUUUGUAAUGUAAAUUUUAAUGUACAGUUUUGGUUUCAAGGUUUUACUAGGUUUUUGUAGAUAUUUUUUGCUUUUUUUUUCAAAAAAGAAAGACAGGAAAAAGUAGUAUACCAACUCAAAUGGUGUGUAUCAGCCUUACUGUAUGUCCAUUCACAAGCAAAGAAAAUAAUUUUUAAAAAUACAUAAAAAAAUGUCAAGGAUGUGAAUGUGUGAUCUUCACAACACAUGUUCAUUUCUGAAAGGAUGUCUGCAUAUUCUUGUGAUGUGUUAUGUUAUGUUUUCUUUUCUUUUUUUUUGUUCUUUGUAAAUUGUGACUUUGGAACAUCUUUAUUUUUUGACCAUGAAAAUGGGACCCAAUAUAUUUAUAGUGCGAGAUUAUUCACAGACAUGUGACUUUUUCAGGGUCUGCGUUUGUGUGAGCAAUGCUAUGGUCUUGUUUCAUGAUUUUUAUUAAAUACUGCCACUAGCUUAACUGCUUUACUACUGGCAAUAAAUUAUUCUCUAAAAUGGG